AUGCCACGUAAGCUACGUAAGAAUAUACGUAAGAGGAAGGGAGCAUUGAAACAUCCAAUAGUAAAACUGACACCACAACAACAGUUGCAACAACAAAUUAUGAAUGACCCCACUAUGUUGCAACAAAUGUCAAGCAACCCUAUGCUUUUAAACCGAGUUAUUGGUGCACAGAGUGGAGGUUUAAGAGCGGGACUUUUAGCGAAAAUGGCAGGCUAUGGUGGAGCUGCAGACGGAACAGCUUAUAACCCUCAAAGUCAAAUGAAUUUGAGUUCACUCAAAAAUCAAAUAACAGAUGUCAAAAAGUCAAACAUAGACAUACAGAAACAAAUAAGUGAAAACGAAAAGAAACUAGAAUAUGACAGACACACAAAGAAACUAAAUGAGUUAAACGUAGAGAAAAAGAAGAAAGAAGAACAACUGAAAGAACUAAGUACAGAGGAAUAUGCGAAAAAAGUGUCAGAAAAAGCAGAAGAAGUAGCAAAAAUGGAACAAGAUGUUAUAAAUUUGAAAAACAUACUACUCAAUAUAAAGUACUGA